AUGUUUUACGAUUUAAAUAUUCAAAGACCUGAUACAAAUGAAGAGGAUAAUUUAAAAUUAAUUAUUUCACGAGGAGUUAAAUUUGGGUACAAAGGUUUUGCUGUAACAACAAAUUUAGAUGAAAGCAUUUUUGAGAAAAACAAAAAAGAAAAAUCAAAAAAAAGUAAUUCAAAUGAAACAUCGAGUGUCAUACCUCUUCCACUUGAUUUAAAAGUUUUUAAAACAUUAUAUCCUAAUUUAUAUUUUUUUAAUAGAAUUAAUAUUAGAAUUAGUCAAGGUUCCAAUUUAAGAAAAUUUACUCAAUGUAAAAACCUUAAAAAGUAUGAAUUAGUUUCAUUUCAACCGGAAAACCAAGAUGUUUUAAAAGCGCUAACAGGAAUACCUGCCAUUAACAUAUUAUCAUUUGAUCCUAUAAAUAAAUGGGAUUUUACAUUUAACAGAAAACUUUAUAAUCAAUUUGUGAAUCAAAAUGUUUAUUUUGAAUUAAUGUACAGCCCUGGCAUAAUUGAUUCUUCAGCUAGAAAAAAUUUAUUUACAGUUUCUCACAUGUACAGAGCUGUGGGAAAAUCGAAAAAUAUAAUUGUUACUAGUGGAGCAUCUGCUCCACAUCAUAUAAGAAGUCCUUACGAUAAGGUGAAAGAUUCAGCAAAGCAGCAAUAG